GCUAACGCUUCUUAAUUUCUUGGUUACAACUUACAACCCUAGCUCUCUAACACUCUGCACAACGUACUUGCGCUUUUCUUCUCUUUCUUUCGUGGUGGUUUCUUUGUCUGUUUUAAGCUCAGAGAAUGAAGAACAAAGCUUCCCACGCCCUGAAACAGAUAAUCUCUACCUUGAUUUCUAUUGCUAAAGCCAAAUCAAUGGCCCUCAAGAGCAAAACCAGCGCAGCCAAAUCCCGCCUUGUAAUGUUCUCCUUGUUGAAGAACAAGAAGGUUAUACUGGACUCACUGUCCCACAAGAUUCAUAGACUUCUUGGUGGGCAGCAUGACAAGGAAAGCCAAUCCGAGGCAGAUGACGACGAGAGCAAGGCCAUAGUUCUCUACAAUGCCAUGGCAAACGAGUCGACUCUUACCCAGUUGGUGGAGGUGGAUGAUGAAGAUGACAAGUACCCAGAUCUCAGGCACUCGUUAUUUGAUGAAGAGGAAUUCGAGUUUGAGGAUCAGGGUGGAUCCAUCGUUGAUCUGGUGAGGAAUUCCAAGGAAGAAGGGGAGAAUUUCAGCCUGGAAGAUGAGAUUGACCAGGUUGCAGACUUGUUUAUAAUGAGGUUCCAUAAACAGAUGCGCUUGCAAAAGCUGCAAUCAUUCAAGCGGUACCAAGAGAUGAUGGAGAGAAGUCUUUGAUUAAUCAAUCAAUACUUCAAUACUAGUGCGUGCAAGUGUAGGGAAGAUCCUGUUCCAGCUGCUUGAAUCUUGAUUCAUGACCGGAAAAGAAAUGAAAACAAAUGGAAACUAUCUCUCAUCUCUGGGCUGACUUCUUCUGCUACUCCCAUCCGGCCCAUUGCCUCUCUUCUACACUACUGGAUUUCCUAUCUUUGGUCUUUGGGCCAAUAAUUAAAGCUGUUUUCUUAUAUAUUAUUUAUAUUUUCUACUAUAUAUCUUUUAGAAACUUAUCUGUAAUUUUACAUAUAAGGCUGUAACACUAGUGUAGAAUUUUAAUAUCCAA